AUGGUAAACCAAAUUACUGAAGAUGGCAAAGAGCUUUUACUAAAGGGUCAUGGCAACCAUAAAGAAAACAGUCCUUUUCUGAACAGUACCGAAGCUAACAAGGGAAGUGAUUACUAUGACAGAAAUCUGGCCUUGUUUGAGGAAGAACUCGAUAUACGACCAAAAGUGUCAUCUCUGCUUGGCAAGUUGGUCAACUACACAAAUCUUACCCAAGGUGUUAAGGAACAUGAAGAAGCAGAAAGUACUGAUGGUUCCAAGAAGAAAGUAUCAAAAUCACCCAGCAUGGGGACCCUGAUGGGAGUAUAUUUACCAUGCAUGCAGAAUAUCUUUGGGGUUAUUCUCUUCCUUCGGCUGACUUGGAUGGUAGGAAUGGCUGGAGUUCUUCAGUCCUUCCUGAUUGUAUUGCUUUGCUGCUGUUGUACUAUGCUGACAACCAUAUCGAUGAGUGCCAUUGCCACAAAUGGUGUUGUUCCAGCUGGUGGCUCCUAUUUCAUGAUAUCCAGGUCAUUAGGCCCAGAGUUUGGUGGAGCUGUAGGGCUGUGCUUUUAUUUGGGAACAACAUUUGCAGGAGCGAUGUAUAUCCUUGGUGCCAUUGAGAUUUUACUGACAUACAUUGUGCCACAAGCAGCAAUUUUUCAUCCAUCUGGUGCCCAUGAUGCAUCCAGUGCUAUGCUAAACAACAUGAGGGUGUAUGGAACUGUAUUCCUCAUCUUAAUGGCAGUGGUGGUCUUUGUGGGAGUGAAAUAUGUUAACAAAUUUGCUUCCCUCUUCUUGGCCUGCGUAGUAAUAUCCAUACUGUCCAUUUAUGCUGGAGCUAUCAAGUCCAUCUUUGAUCCACCUGAAUUUCCGAUUUGCAUGUUAGGCAACAGGACUUUGUCAAGAGAUCAGUUUGAUGUUUGUGCCAAAACCAUAGUUAAGGAUAACAUUACUGUGGCCUCUAAGCUUUGGGAGCUCUUCUGCCACAGUACAAACUUAACCACCGAGAACUGUGAUGAGUAUUUCCUGAUGAAUAAUGUCUCUGAGAUAGCAGGAAUUCCAGGAGCUGCUAGUGGCAUUUUAAAAGACAACUUAUGGAGCAAUUAUUUGGAGAAAGGAGAGAUACUGGAGAAAGCACAUCACCCAUCUGUUGAUGUAGCAGGCCAGAAGAACAACCUUCAUCUAUACGUGCUUUCAGAUAUAGCUACUUCAUUCAUGGUGCUGGUUGGCAUCUUCUUCCCUUCAGUGACCGGUAUCAUGGCUGGUUCAAACAGAUCAGGGGACCUCAAAGAUGCACAGAAAUCCAUUCCUGUGGGAACUAUUCUUGCUAUUGUCACCACAUCACUAGUCUACUUCAGUUGUGUACUAUUAUUUGGAGCCUGCAUAGAAGGUGUAGUCCUGAGAGAUAAGUACGGUGAUGCAGUGAACAAGAACUUAGUGGUGGGCACCCUUUCAUGGCCCUCUCCGUGGGUCAUUGUGAUAGGAUCCUUCUUCUCUACCUGUGGAGCAGGUUUGCAGAGCCUCACUGGAGCGCCCCGGCUGCUGCAGGCCAUAGCAAAGGACAACAUAAUUCCUUUCCUCUGGGUUUUUGGUCAUGGAAAAGCGAAUGGUGAACCAACAUGGGCUCUUUUGUUAACAGCAUUAAUUGCUGAGCUGGGAAUCCUUAUUGCAUCACUGGACAUGGUGGCUCCAAUUCUCUCCAUGUUUUUCUUGAUGUGUUACCUCUUUGUUAAUCUCGCAUGUGCCGUACAAACGCUUCUUAGAACUCCAAACUGGCGGCCUCGAUUUAAAUACUAUCACUGGGCCCUCUCAUUUUUAGGCAUGAGUAUUUGCCUGGCGCUGAUGUUCAUUUCAUCUUGGUACUAUGCUUUGGUAGCUAUGCUUAUUGCAGGCAUGAUUUACAAGUACAUUGAAUACCAAGGUGCAGAGAAGGAAUGGGGUGAUGGUAUCCGGGGUCUUUCGCUUAGCGCAGCAAGAUAUGCCUUACUCAGACUGGAGGAGGGCCCUCCACACACAAAGAACUGGAGGCCUCAGUUGCUGGUGCUUCUGAAACUUGAUGAAGAUUUGCAUGUAAAAUACCCUAGAUUGUUAACAUUUGCAUCUCAGCUGAAAGCUGGCAAAGGUUUGACUAUCAUAGGAUCAGUGAUCCAAGGGAAUUUCUUGGAAACCUAUGGAGAAGCCCAGGCUGCUGAACAGACUAUUAAGAAUAUGAUGGACAUUGAGAAGGUGAAAGGAUUUUGUCAAGUAGUUGUAGCAAAUAAAGUUCGAGAAGGAAUUGCCCACUUGAUCCAGUCCUGUGGACUAGGUGGCAUGAAGCACAAUACCGUGGUUUUGGGAUGGCCAUAUGGCUGGAGACAAAGUGAAGAUCCAAGGUCAUGGAAAACAUUCAUAGGUACUGUUCGCUGCACAACUGCAGCCCAUCUGGCUCUGCUGGUUCCCAAAAAUGUCUCUUUCUACCCCAGCAACCAUGAGCGUUACAAUGAAGGCAACAUUGAUGUGUGGUGGAUUGUACAUGAUGGAGGCAUGUUGAUGCUGCUUCCUUUUCUUCUCAAACAGCACAAAGUUUGGAGAAAAUGCAAAAUGAGAAUUUUUACCGUAGCUCAGAUGGAUGAUAACAGCAUCCAGAUGAAGAAGGACUUGGCUACUUUCCUCUAUCAACUCCGAAUAGAGGCAGAGGUAGAAGUGGUAGAAAUGCACAAUAGUGAUAUCUCAGCAUAUACUUAUGAGAGAACUCUUAUGAUGGAGCAGAGGUCUCAGAUGCUGAGGCAAAUGAGGCUGACAAAAACAGAGAGGGAAAGGGAGGCUCAGCUGGUAAAAGACAGACAUUCAAUAGCACGUCUAGAGAGCCUCUACUCAGAUGAAGAAGAUGAGGGGGACCCAGUUCCUGAGAACAUCCAGAUGACCUGGACGAAAGAGAAAUGUGACGCUGAGAAGCGUAACAGAGGCAGUGCUGUGGGAAGCUUCAGAGAUCUCAUCAGCAUUAAGCCGAACCAGUCUAAUGUCCGAAGAAUGCACACAGCAGUGAAGCUAAAUGAAGUUAUUGUAAAUAGAUCCCAUGAUGCCAGACUUGUUCUCCUCAACAUGCCUGGUCCUCCGAAGAAUACUGAUGGUGAUGAAAACUGUAUCCUUUCAGGCAAGGCCUGGUCCCCAUAGAAGAUCUUCCUUCAAUCUGUACUCUUGAAUUUAUUUUGCCACAAAUACUGUCAGGCUGUAAUAUGUGAAGUGUCCACUGAGUGGAGGGUACUGGCUUGUGGCUGUUUUGUAGUAAUUUCUUAA